AUGCCAGUGGACGAGUGGACUCCUAGUAAAAUCACGUAUGACCCACCCGAGAAAGGUCGCUUGGGGUAUUCCGAUCCUGUAGAAUACCAUGACGUGACCGAACAGCAACAACCACACGUUCCCGCAAAGCGCGCCCGCCCUACAGAGCAAGAAUUCUCCGUAAGGAAGAAGCGAUUCUUCGACGAUAUACGACCUCUCCCAACCUCCCCGAACCAACACAAGUCCAAGAACAACUCCCGAAAAGCAUCCUCCAGCAAUUCGAAGUCGCGGUCGGCGUCUACCACCAAGCAGCGAGUGCACGUGGACCUUACCAAUGAUGUAGACAUGGAAAGCGUUGAUGGACGUGUUCCAGAAAGCGUUGAUGGUGGUGUUCCAGAAAGCGUUGAUGGUGGUGUUCCAGAAAGCGUUGAUGGUGGUGUUCCAGAAAGCGUUGAUGGUGGUGUUGCAUUGAGCAAUGUAAGCGUUAAUGGAGGCGUUUCAAUCCCUCCCUCUGAAGCCGCUAUGGACAUCUCGUCUCCUGUAUCUUCGCGUGCGGCAAUGCAAUUCAGAGCCGAGCAUACUGAAUUCCCGGAAACACCACUACAAUCGAGACAAGACAAGGGCAAAGGCAAGGCUACUGAGAUGGCGCCACCUCCACGGUUGCCCACGCCGGACUCCGAGGAAACACAUUCCCCACCUCAUCAACCUACGGAAAGUGAAGUCGGAAGGAUUGUCUACGCUUACCUUCGCGAACUUGGGCUGGAUCUAAUAAACCCGCAAAAGAGUUUGGCGAAAGCCUUCGAUGCUCUAAGGAAAGAAAUGGAUGAGCCUCUAGACCUCAAGAAGUGGUGCUUGCCGGCAAGAUUCGACAAAGAAGGGACAGAAGUUCCGUUCAGUGGCAAGCCAUUCUUCCAAGUCCCCUUGAAUAUUGUCAAUGAGCUUUCGGAUGCGAUUGCACAGGGAAAUUUCCUGGAUGGAGAGUGGGCGCCUUUAUGGGACGCCUUCGAGGAAUUCUAUCCCGACAAGCUGCCCGGCGCCAGGAUGAGGGCAGAAAGGGAGGCUGCAAGUCAGAGUGCUUCUCAGCAGGUGCCACCACCGACGCAACCGAGGGCAAUGAGGGAUACUGCGAAUCAUGGAGCGGGGCCUUCUCAGCAACCAACACCGUCAACGCGACCAAAGGCAAAGAAGCGUGCAAGAACUGCUCGACAGUCUCCUGAGCCGGAAGAACUUCCAUACGGCCCUUGGCUCACCCGUUGGGCUAUGAGUUUGGGCCCAGAAGACUUCACGUUCCCUGGAGAUUGCCCAUGGGCAUAUAAGAAAGUCGUUAAUCUGACCCACGAGGAACGGGUGGACAUUGCGAUGAAGUACCACAGCAAAGAGCUGACCGACAUUAUCGGGAGAAGGCAGUUCAACUGGUGCAAAGCAGCGCUUAGAUAUCAUGGCUUGAUUCGCUAG